AUGACGUACAGUAGUAGCUUGCCAAUUAAUGAUGGUAAAUACGAUGAUGAUGGUCGCCUAAAACGUACAGGAACAUGGAUAACAGGAAGUGCACACAUAGUGACAGCUGUAAUAGGAUCUGGAGUGUUAUCUUUGGCAUGGGCUAUUGCACAAUUAGGAUGGAUUGCUGGCUCAAUUGUUCUCAUUCUUUUCUCUGUCAUCACUCUCCUCACUUCUUUUCUUCUAGCUGAUUGUUAUAGGUAUCCUGAUCCUGUUCAUGGAACCAGAAACCAUACCUAUAUGGCUAUGGUCAAAAAUAUUCUAGGAGGAACUCAGUACAUGUUUUGUGGAUUGGCUCAGUACACAAAUCUUAUAGGCAUUACCAUUGGUUAUACUAUCACGACAUCCAUCAGCAUGGUGGCCAUCAAAAAAUCCAAUUGCUUUCAUAAGUAUGGGCAUGAAGCAAACUGCAAAACAUCAAAUUAUCCAUUUAUGGCAUUAUUUGGGGUUUCAGAGAUUUUACUAAGCCAAAUUCCAGAUUUCCAUGAACUUUCAUGGCUCUCUUUUGUUGCAGCCGUCAUGUCUUUUGGUUAUGCUUCCAUAGGCAUUGGUCUCUCCAUAGCCAAAAUUGCAG